AUGGAAAUAAGGCGCGUUAAUGGUCUAUCAGACGCACAGAAUACAGAGCAAGCUUUUCCUAGUUUCGUUGGCUUCUCAACUAUAGGCAGCAAACAGCCUGUGAAGAUUUCUGAAGAAAGCUGAAAAAAGGCCCAAUCCUUAUUUGGUGAUGAAGAAGAAAGCCAAGGAAAUUUUUUGGGUUCAAACUUCCAAUUUCAGAAAUUUUCAGAUCAAAAUAUAGAGAAAAAUACACAAUUUGAAGCUCCGGUAAUGCAAGCUGUAGGCUUUGGGAAUAUGAAUCAGCAAAUGCCUAUGUUUACUUCUGGGUCAUUUAAAAAUAUCUCGAUAUCUGAUGAAGCUUUAAAAAAAGCUCAAGCGAUGUUUUCAUUUGAAGACGAAAGCCAAAAGAAGCAAAUGCCUAUGUUUACUUCUGGGUCAUCCAAAAAUAUCUCGAUAUCUGAUGAAGCCUUAAAAAAAGCUCAAGCAAUGUUUUCAUUUGAAGACGAAAGCCAAUAUAAUGGGAACUUUGGAGGGUUUUCCAAGCCUAAAUCGCAAAAUUCUCAAAAUACGAUUAGAAAUUGCAUAGAAAACCAGCAGGAUGAAUCUUGGGAUAUCAGAAGUAUAGGUUCUAACUCAACCAGAACUAGCGAAGCAGGAAACAAAUUUAAGCCUGUUUCUUUAGCCUUUAAAUCAGAUCGCAGUCAAACUAUUAGAACUAAGCUGUCUACUAAUUUAAGACCAGGAAGAAAAGAAUUCUCUGCAAACGGACUAAUCCGACCCAAAACAUCUUCUUUAAAAAGCCCAUUUAGACCUCCAACUACUUCUCUAAAAAUUAAGCAGCCAUCCCCAGUCCACCAAUCUAAACGUCCUCUCCUAAAAACUCCAGAAACAGUAGAAAAAUCUUUCAGACCUUCAACUCUUUCCUUAAAAGAAAUAAAUAACUUCAAACCCCUCUCCAAAUUUUACGAUUCCUCCGGCAUUGCAAUUACUGCAGAAUCCUCCUUUGGCUACCUUUUCCAUUGCAACUGUUUUAACACCAUGAUCUGCUCCUGCAAUAAGUCUUCCAAUACAAGCUGAGAAGAUUUCUACGACAAGCUCGUUGACGAUGGGUUUAAAUGCUCCAAAGAAUGGGUAAAUCAUCACUAUAGAUUUCUUGUAUGAAAAUAUGCCUCAUAUGAGAGAAGACUCCCCAAGUAUAAAGGUGCCUUUUGUGUGAAAAAAAUCUAUGAAGGAUUGAAAAGGAGAUUUGAAGUAGAAAUUAGUGGGGGGAGAAGAAGUAUCAUUAAGAAAAUUAUUGAUGGGGAUGAAUUUGCAAAUAAAAGGAUGAUACUGUGUGUGGGAACAGUCAAGCGGGAUGAAAAUGUUAUCAGUUUAGAGCUAACUGAUGGGUGAUACUCUUUAUUUAGUGUGGUCACAAAAAGUGAUCCGAUAUUUAAUUUGGUGGAUAGUAAAAAAAUAUUUCAAGGACAGAAAGUCGAGAUUUAUGGAGCUGAAAAGAAAGAAUCGUGCAUCAAAAUAUCAUAUAAUAGCUUAAGGAGAGCUCCUUGAUAUGCAAAACUUGGACUUUGCAAUUCUCAGUACCCGUUUCCUGUGAAUGUUUUAUCAAUCAAUGAAAGUGGGGGAUUAAUUUCACGAGUUAUUGGGUAUAUACAGAAAAUUUAUCCAUUUAUCAGCCAGGAAUUCAGAGAAGAAACCCCUGCUUCAGAAGGAAAGUCUGCAAAACUCAGAGCCUUUUUUGAUAUCAAAAUCAAAGACGCAUUAAUUGACCACAACAAGACAAAAGGUAAAGGCUCUGCAAUAAUCACAAUUUACAACUCUGCGCCUUCCUUAUAUGAAGACUUGCUCCCUGGCCAAAAGGUUUCCUUCAUAAACUUGCAAGUGUCAAAGCUUAAGUCUCAUGGAAAAUUGCAUUUAAAUUUCAUCAAAGGCUCCAGUGUGAUCACAACCAAAGAAUAUAGAAAAGACUUGAUAAAGAAGCCAAGACUUCUCUCAGUAGGAGAGAAAAUAAACAAAGAAGGUGACAUUGUCGGAAUUUUAUUAAAAACAGUCAAAACAAGAUCAGAUGAAAUAUAUUCAUUGAUUAUGGCGAACUCUAAUAUGCAUUUAAUGGUGCUAAAUAUCCAUCACCCUGGACAGUUUGGUAAACCAUUGACAAAAUUAGUUCCAUCAUAUGAAGGAAAUAUGAAAAUCAUUGCAAUGAAAAAUGUGUAUGCAGAAGGCUACAAUAGCUUUACUACAAGCAUAAAUAGUGAAAUGGUUAAAGGAAGCUACACCAAUCAUAUUGCUGAAGAGGCUGAAAAGCUAUCUGCGCUAUGAAAGACUAAAGAAAGAGAAACAUUGUGAUUAGUUCAUAAAAAAGAAUGCGACAAAUUUGGAUGUGUUUGCCAUUGGAAUUAUAGUUAG